CACGCCGGCAACUGCACUUUAUCGCGCCUUUUUCCUACGCUAGACCCUACGCGAGGCGAAUUUCGUCGUUUCGCUGCUCUAGCCUCCUUGACAGCGGCGGACAAUUUUUUUUUCGCUAAAAAGUCCACGAGUGAGUGCAAACAAAAAGAGUGCGCGGUUAUUAUUUCCAGGCAGGAUAAAGCGUUUUCGUACUCGCUUCUUCCACGGCCAAAGGUACCAAGGACUCGCUUCUAUUGUACUGCUGCUCGUUGCAACCGCCUAUCGCAGACAUCGUGAUGCCAGCAGCAGCAGCGACGACGGCCGCGGCGAUGGCCAAUCCCGAGGCGGCACUGGCCGAGCUGGCCAUAGAGCCGGCACCGCCGGAAGAGCUGGACGAGCCGCCGGAAGCUCGGCCUCGGGCGGGCUCGUUUUCCUCCCGCAACGGCCUCAUGAAGCCCCUCGUCGCCUUGGCCAUGCCCGGCAUGUAUCUCUUCGACAAGUACAGCCAGUACCGACGCGAGCAGAGGGAGAUGUCGCGCAGAAAAGUAACGGAGCGCGAGCUGCAGCACUUGCAUCAUAAAAUCGAUAAACUGCUGUCAAAGCUGGAAGAAAACGAGCCGGAAAUGGCCUCGUCGCAAGAAGAUGAGUGCGUUAUAUGCGUGAACGCCCGAGCUACCAUGCAGACAGCGCCGUGCGGUCAUCGAGUCGUUUGCAGGCGCUGCUUCGUCAAGACGAUCCAAAUGGCGGUGUCGCAAAGGCUUCUGCCCCUGCGCUGCGUCAUAUGCCGAGCGAAAAUUUUAAGACUCAAGCAGACCCUCAUUCCUCGAGACUACUCGAUGUCGGGCAAGUCUUGGGUGCUACCUCAGAGCGCGUCCGAGUACAACAUGAGCGCGGGGGUGCCGUCGGGCGUGGCGGGCCCGGGUGGCCGCUGGUCGUCCGGCAACGUGCCUGCCUCGGCCUCGCUCUACUCGAUGGCCAGCGGCUCCUCAUCCAUAUCCGGUGUGUCUUCCGUAUCGUCGGCUACCUGCUCCUCGGCCAGCAGCACGGCUAGCUCGGCGAGCUUCGGCAAGUCGAGGCUGCGCCAUCCGGCCUACUCGUCCUUCCGCAAGAAUCAGGUUCAUUCGGCCCAGUCGAUCAAGAUGCGAAUUCAGGAGUAUCAAGACUUGGUGCAAGCGGCCCCCGUUGGCGACGAGCACGACGCUUCCCGGGAAAAUCGAAGACUGCCUCCGAUCAAAGAGUUCCAAAGAGACUUUCGAGCUGGCAAAGCCUCCACGAGACUAAGAUGCGCUCAAAAAAUCGUUACCCAGCUCGAAUCGCAAGCGUCGCCGCCUCGGAUAAAAAUAACACCCGCUCCCGCGAAUUCGAAAACGAGCCCGCCGACGUCCUCGAGUAGCGCGUCCAAGCCGUCGUCGGCGAAAUCGACGGUGUCGUCAUCGGCGUCGACCUCCUCGUCGUUGUCAACGGCGAGCGAAGCCAAGAGCACGGCUAGCUCGAGCGCGGCUUCCUCGAAACGGCCUACGAACAGCGGCACGACUCCGAAGAAAUUGACGGUGGCGCAGCAAGUGCAGUUGACGAAGAAGGAAAAGGAACGAGAGAAGGAGCGAGCCAAAGCGGAGAAAGCGAGACAGAAGGAGGCAGAGAAGAAUCGACUGAAGGAGGCCGAGAGGGCCGAAAAGGCGGAAAAAGCCCGACAGAAGGAAGCGAAAAAACUCGCCAAGGAGGAGAAGAAGCGGGCCAAGAAGGAGGCGAAAAUUCGGAGAAAGGAAGCCGAGGAACACCUGCUUGGAAAGUAGAAUUACGUCAUAU